UUACUAUUUAUAAGUUACGUAGGUGAACGUAGCCGACAGCCAGUUUUCAGCCGAUGGAAUUUUGACACUUAAUUUUGCUAAAAUGGCAACGACUCCAAAAAGUCGGAAAGACUUCCAGAAGGAGGCAGAAAAGAGUGGAAAUGCAGAUACCAUUUCACAGCUGAUGGGAUUGUAUUUUGUUGUUGCUUUAGCCAUUUCAGCUGCAUGGGUGUUAGGGACCAUGCAGAUGGAGUUUUACUGGACAUUUCUUCUCUCUGGGAUGAUCUUUGUUGUAUGGAGAACAAAAUUAAAACAAAUAUUAAGGAAUAAAAUAUUUGCAGUCGAAUGUCUUAUCCACAGGAAAAGGGCAUUGCGUCAAAAUGAAUCGAGUGAGUGGUUGAAUUUCAUUUUAAACAGAUGGUGGGUGUUUGCAUCAAAUAGUAUUCAGGACGUCAUAAAGAAACACAUUGAUGAACGCUUGGUUUCCAUCAAGCCAGGGUUCAUUUCCCAGUUGCAGUUGUCUAGAUUCACUUUUGGGGAGACCACUCCAACCAUUCAACAUAUUAAGGCCUUUGAGCUGACAGAUGGUCCACCCUUUGCCCGGCGCCCCAUUGCCUGGAGUUCGAUAUGGAACCCACCCCCGGGGCUGGAGAACAUGUCCUCUUAUCAGAUUGUUUUGGAGCUGGAUCUCCAGUCUCAUCUGGAGGACUUCCUCAUGGUGUUCCUGGCCAAGGUUGGCAGUGGAAGGGCCGGUUUAAACUUUGACAUUGCCGUGGAGGGGCUGUCAAUCAGCGGAAAUCUACAGCUGAUUUGUCACAUGUCCAUGGAUGUUCCGUUUCCUCAUGUUUCUAAAGUUACAGCAUCCUUCACGGAAAAGCCAGAUGUGUGGUUUAAUGUCAAAGUUCUGAAAUCAUUACAAAUCAUGGAAGUUCCAUUAUUAAAAUCCUGGAUCCAAGCAAACAUUGAUGAUGGCAUUACAAAAGCCUUGGUGGAUCCAGGGAAAAUUGACAUUCCAAUUGUGAAAUAUGCAGGUCCUCUGAAGCAAAGGAUGUCUCCAAACUCCAAAACAGAUAAGCUGGCACAAGGAGUUCUUACUAUUACACUCAAAGGAGAAGCUUUUCAAAGUGAAGAGAAUGGGAUUCUUGACAAGAGUGCCGUACUGUAUACAAUGUUGCGUAUCGGAGACAGGAAGCGACAGACGAGUGACCACCUGUGCACGACGGACUGGGCGGACACCAGUUCAUUCUUCGUCUACAACAUCAGCAAAGACACCUUGGUUGUAAAACACAAGUGUCGCCGCCUGCUGUCGAAUGUCACUCUUGACAGACAUGAUUUGGAUUUAUCAUCGUUUCCUUUGGAAGUCCAGCCAGUACAAACUACAACCUUAGAGAAUAAGGAUGGCAGUAAGACUGAGGUCAAGCUGAGGUACACUAAGCUACCCUCAAUCAGCCUGGAUCCGGGUGUGAGCACGGAUUCUGUGGAUAACCCAGAAGUUGCCGGAGUAAUCUACAUUUGUGUACACAGUGCCACCAGAGUGAUGGCCUCAGACAUUGGAGGCUUCUCUGAUCCUUACUGUGUGGUCUUCUCUGACAGGAGGCGGGUGUUGACCACUCCAUAUAUCCUGAAGACUGUCAAUCCUACUUGGGAAUCUUCAGUAGAGUUCUUUGUUCAAGAUUUCACCAAGACACCAUUAUCGUUUUAUGUGUAUGACUGGGAUGGUUCUAAUGUCAUUGAUGAUGAUUUUCUUGGAUCAGCACAUUUUUCUUUUAAAGAGGACCAGCACACAGUUAUCAAAGAAAACAUUGUAUUAGGACACAAUGAUCCGUCCAAAGGCUUCAUUCAGAGUGGAGAGUAUGGAUAUUUAACAGUUUCCAUGACAUUUAGACCAGUGUCAUCUGUCAGAAACUCAGAAAAAUUCCGUGUGACCAGCGUAGCAGGCGGACCGUCUGAGUAUUUGUAUCAGGAGGACCAUGUCUCCCCCUCGUCACUGGUGAAUCCACAGAAGUCACCUCCUCGUCUCUCUGUGAGUGAACUCAUUACUGACAAUGGCCAGAGGGCUGGCUCUGAGAGUGAUGCAUUCCUUGAUUCAGCUUCCAUGGCAGGGGGCAUAAUCGAGGAUAAGACGUUUGUUGAUUUGACAAUUUUGCAAGCAAAGGACCUGAUGCCUGCUGAUCGUAAUGGACUGAGUGACCCAUACUGUACUGUUCUAAUGGGAAGUAAAAAAGUGUACAAGAGCUCAGUGAAGAAAAACACACUGUUCCCCAAAUGGAAUGAAAGCACAUCUUUCCAAGUCCUGGAGGACAACCAUUUACUGGAGAUAUUUGUUUAUGAUAAGGACAUGAUUUCCAAAGACUUCCUGGGUAAAAUCAUUUUAACACUGGACAAACUGAAAGAAAUAUCUCACAAGGGCACUGCGGAAUGGAUUCCAUUACAGCGGACAAAAUCUGGGCAGAUCCAGAUCAAAUGCACAGUUACAUGUACAAACUGUCUGGAACCACUGAACAAAUCCCGUUCUUUGCGACGAAACGGUCAUCAGAAUUCCCUGAAGACAAACAAUGAUGUUUUUCUGCCUGUUGUAGACACAGUAUAUGAAUCUGAUAAAGGAGAGCAAUCCCCAACUGGCCACGAGUCAAGUCCUCUCCCCCCAGACAAUGUAAAUGGAAGCUCUCCCAAAUCUCUGAAGGGACAGAUUCCCCCAAUAAAGGAAGAAAACCUUCCAUCUGAUGAACAGAUCAUUCCAGAAAAAGUCCAGUCAGUGACCCUGACCCCACCUGUUGGCCAGCUGACCUUGAACCCUGAGGUGAGGUUAAGGAGGUCAGUGUCAGAUAUCAAUGUCAGCAAGAAGACCGACAAACAGACAAAGAGCAGCUCAGGACUACUCCCAGCUACAACCCUAAAACAUACAAACUCAAGCAAUUCCAUCUCAGCAUUACACCAAGGUGACACAGAUUCCAUAGAUUCAUCAGUUCCUGGUCAUGAGAAGCUGUAUAGUGUAUCAGGCAAGAUUAUGGAAGUGAGCGGGCUGAGACAGAGUUCCGGCAAUAUUUACAUUAAGGUCCGCCUGGAACACCACAGAGAAAGACACAGUUCAGGGAGCAGACUGAGGUUUAUUACCCAUGGCCGUGUAAUUGCCAAAUCCUAUUUGUUUCCGAUCAGUGCCACUGCUCUUAAUCAGCCAUUUGAAGUUGAUCGCGGUGCAGGUGUCAGUGUGAACACACAUCUUGUCUUUGAUAUCAAAAAUGAAAACAAAGACCACCUGGCCCAUAAAUCAUUUAGCUUGAAGGAAUUGUUCUCAGAUUUUGUGGAGGGAGGAGUCGAGAAAUGGCUGCAACUUUCAGACAAUGCAGAAAUUAAAGUCUUCUUGACACAGGGCAAACUAAACCCCAGACUUGUAAAGAAGAACAACAAAGUUGGCAAAUCCUGGUCUUUCAGGAAAUAAAUGAAUAUUUAGAUUUACUGCUACUGUGUUCCUACUCUCAGGUUACUUAAUGUUAAGAUCAUCUGGGCCAAAGUAAGCUUAAUUUUCUUAUCAAAUCCUGUCCAUCAACCCUCAUACUCCAAUCUGCUCUCCUGCAAUAAUUAGAACAAACCAUUCAUUGGUAAAGGAUAUUCAAAUCUAAUAAGGGGAGAUAAACUUGAAUCAAAAGUUCUGAAAGUACCAAAUAUCACCAAGUAUUUGAAUUUUGGUAUUUACAUGAAAUGUGGCUUUCCUUUGGCAACAGUAACAAGAUCUAGUACUAGUAUUUGUUUUAAGGAGAUAUGCCACACCAGAGAAAUUUGAUUUGGAUGAAAAGUGGAGGAUAUGUACAACAAUAUUUUGAAAUUGAAAACUUUCACAUUUACUUUAUUAAGUUAAAAAAUACCGUUUUAGUUGAAAGCAAUCCGAGAAAAAUUUAAAAUCAUUGCUAGACUCGAACACGCAAUCUACAGUUCAGCAGUUGACGUGCUAACCUACUGUGCUACUUGGCUAGGCAAGGAUUUUUUUAAACGAAUAGACAAAUAUUGCUGAUAUUUAUAUUUUCAUCCAUUUCUUAAAAGGAUGUCGGCCAUUAUGACGAUGUAGAGUAACUCCUUAAUAGCUGUUCAGAAUGUGCAAUCCAUCACACACUCAAUAAAAAGGAGAAAUGGAUGCUUGAUCAUGUAUGUUUAUAAUUAUGGAGAAAAGGUUUUUCCUCAAGUCUGCUCUCUGUAAGAUGCGGUCUAGUCAGUUCUACAAAUAUAUAUUGGCCAGCUAAAUGGUUAACAGCAAUGGCUGCAAGACUGAAUUGACAUUUAACCCUGUCAGACAUCAGACUAGACUGGUCCAGGGCUAUCUGAUAUCUCAACAGAAUAUAGCAGAUGUGUAGACUUGUUGUCAAAGUCAGCUCAUAGGUAGCGGUUAUUCAGAAAGACGAAAACAAAAGUAGAAAUCCAACUGCAGCUAUGUUUAUUAGCACUUUGAAAAGUGUAAAUCUUUAGAAUGAUUAGGAAUAACAAAACAUGGGCGAUAUCUUUCUAGUAUGUAAUGUUGAUGAGAAUUUGUCCAAACUAUCCAAUCCAAAAUUUAGGAAACAGGAAAAUAACUGCAUAUCAAUUUGAUUUGUGAAUGUAAUGUGAAUCAUGUAAUGUAACAUCCAUGAUUCUUGACUCGGUGUUGGGCUACAUUGAGAGGUUAUAAAUUACAAGAUUCACUUUCUCAGAAAGAGCUGCUUUAAACCAUGGAACAUUUUGAUACCAUGACUGUGUUAGGUUUUUAUUUUAAUUCUCAUUUUUCCCUCAAAUCUAUGCUUUGUUUUUAUAGAUGUGUGACACAAAAUGUAUUAAAAAUGGGUAUUAUUUUACAUCUGAUUCCGUGAAAUUUUCAUAUUGUAAACAUGGAACGAGAAUAUUUAAUUAUGUUAACUUUCAUCGUUCCACCUAAAUGUGUUGCAAUGCAUUUGUAAUAACUCUUUUCCGCCACAAUUUAUUCCUUUUAACACUUUCUAGUAUUUAUGAUUUUAUAUACCAGCAUUUUCUUGUUCAUUUUACAAUGUGUUUCACAUUAAGCGUGUUAGGAACUGGUUAACUUAAUUUCAUAAAACUGGUGCCAUUGAAAUGCAUUGUCCAAUGUACUGUUAUAUGUAGUCAGAAUUAAGAAUAGUAUUCAAAAAAUAUCUAAGAUAACAAAGAUGCUAUUCUUCUAUCUGUGAUACGAAAGAUGGAUUAUUUUUAUAUUGGUAACUCAGAGUUUGCUCCCUUAGUUCCUGGAACUGCUAGUGGCAGGGAAACUGAACACAGCUUGAAAAUAUCUGUUGAUUUGCUGCUGUAACAAAUGGUGUUCAAAAGUUAUCUUGGGACAGAAUACAUUCUCAUAAAAACCACACAGCAUAAUCCUAUUCUUAUUUUUUGUAGUCAAGACAUUUUAUGUGUAUAAUUGAUGUAGUCAAAAUAUUUUUUAUAACAUACAUGUAUGUACCUAUGUAUGGCAAAUAUGAGGGCUGUAGUAUGUUUUUCUAACAAUGUUUUUAAUCAUUGUUAAAUGUUUUUGUACUUGGAUAUGUUUGCUUUCAUUAUAUUUUGAAGGUUGUUCACUUUAAUUAUAUUUCUUUCAUUUCGUCAUGUUAUCUAGAUUAAAUAAAAAUAUUUUCAAAUUUGGA